UUGAAUUGAAUUCGGAGAGUUCGUUACUUGACGCAACCCGAGUGACAGUUUCGUCUAUUGUAUUUGUUGCUCGCGUGAGUUUGUUCGCAGAUUUUUACACUACCUCAAUCCAUGCAAGAAGCUUGAAACAAUGAAGCCUCAGGAUAUGCCAUGUUACGAUGUGUUGCUCGCACCGUUUCAACAGGCAACAAGGAUUGAAUUGGAAACCAACAUAAAUACCAGCACAGAGUGUUGUUUAAAUAUAAAGAACACGUGUGACAAGUUAUUGCACGUAACUGUAACAAAAGCACCAGCGCCGGAACGCCAUAUUACUUUGACUUCAUCCGAAUUAGACAUUGAAGGGAACGACAUUGGCGUGAUUUAUAUCAAAUGGACCCCCAGGGAAGCUGGAUGUUGGCGAGAUGUGUUGCAACUCACGGACAACAAACGAGUCAAGUACAACAUUCACAUAGCGACAACCGCCAAGAGCUUUAAAAAAAGCAACAAGCCGCAGAAAAAAGCAGCAAAGCCUCUGUCGUCAGGUUUCUCAAAUCAUGCCGCGUCGAUAAGCAACAAACGAGUUCAGCAGAACAAUGAGAUACAAAUUCCCGUUCUUAAUCAACCACGACUGAUCACUCACUUUGAGGCGAAACAAUCCAGAUCGAAAUACGAAAUUGGUUCGAACAAGGAAAACAUAUGUAGCGCAAACGGUGAGACAAAGCUUGGCGCGUUACAAGGAAGAAAUGAUGGAGUCAAUCGUCAUUCCGUUAAAAUGGAGAAUGUUUUGUACGAGCAGAAUGCAAACGUGUGGAACGACGGUAGUAUCCUGCCGCAGGUUUUGCUUCCUUCAAACGAGUUGCAGGACUCGCGCAGAGUCACGUAUGUUAAGGAAAGAAGACACUACGGCGGCGUACUGUACGAACACAACGAAGAAGAAGAAGAAGAAGAAGAAGAAGAAAAAAAGGAAGUUCCCAAAGACACGACGAGCGACAAGCCGCAAUCUGACUUUUCUAUGUUGCUGGACAAGUUUACACUCGCCUCUGUGAACGAAGCGCGACCGAGUUCUCCGCGAUCGUCAAAACAAGAAUCGAUGGAAGAGUCAUCGUCCCAGAGUGGCGAUAAGCACAGAACGUUCAAUAUCAGUCCUGGAAAAUCGUUCGUCGUAUCCGCGCUGUCUCCUUCCUGCAACAAAACGAUCGCGAAGACCACCCACAACAACGUUCUGUCACAGUCCGUAGGCGUGUACAAUUUGUCGCCGAUCAAAUUCGACGGAUGUUCCCUCGCAAACGGCCCCACGGACAUAAUUUCAUCGUCUCCGAUCACUCACUUCGCUUGCGACGGGUCGAGGGAUUUUCGCGAACAAUCGAGGCGUUUCGCGAUAGACACGAUCGAUCGCGGCGUCCAGACAACUCCCAAAGACUACUUCGUCUUCGAAAUAAUUCCCGAGAAAAGGAAAUCGGGGGAUAUGUAUAUCGAGAUUUCUCCGCCGAAGAAAUCGCAUCUUCUCUCAAAGACGGUGUCCGCGUCGGUGACGAAAUUGAGUAAUCCAGGUAGAGUCUUUAAGAACAAACCUGUGUACGACGGAAGGAGAAAACACAAAGAAUUGCGUCUGAACAGUACGCCCGGAAGAAAAAAUACUCCAGCAAUCAAGUUGACCAAGUUGUCUCUCAACGCUCUGAGUCAGACUAAGUGGCACUCGUCGUCUUUCAGAGAAUCCACCAGAAUAGAGAGAAAAGACGAAUCUUUCAUUUACGAGAAAUUCGAGCUGGAUCUGUUCGCGCUGUCUACGACCGAGGACCCGUUUCUGAAGAAAUUCGGAUAUUGCGACGAAAAAUGGAUGCUGCGACAGGAACUUGCGUUCACAAAGUGGUUGAACGCUCUGCUCUCGUCGCCGGAGGAUCUGUCCGUUGACAUUGAAACCGCUGUAAUAGACAUCGGCAAGAUUUGGCAGUCGUGCAAAGCGCAAAAGGACAAUUUGCUGGCCGAGACGAGGGAGGCCGUGUCCGCCAGGUAUCACACGAGCACCAGAUUGAACACAUUGCGAAAAGCUGCGAGCGCCAUGUACACUCGCGACGAAAUCGCCAAGAUUUUCUCAAGUACCAGCGAAUAUAUCGCCAAGGGAACUUUGUCCAUCAGAUCGGAUCGCAAUCUACAACGCGAUAUCGGUUUGCAAAAACUUAUACUGAGCCUGUUCCUAAGCUACAAUCCACUGUGGUUGCGCAUUGGUCUGGAGACCGUCUACGGCGAGUGCAUUCCAUUGCGCUCCAACAACGACAUCAUCGGCCUGACUCGCUUUCUGCUGAACAGAUUUUUCUCGGAUCCGCGAAUCACCAAAAUGUCUGGCUAUCACAAGACCAAUCCGAGUCAGAAACUCGUCACGACGAUGAACCAGUUCAUCUUGAAGAAGUUUCUCUUCCUAGUGUAUUUCCUGGAUUACGCAAAGCAACGCAAGCUGAUCGGUCACGACCCGUGUCUGUUCCACAAACGUUCCGAGUACAAGGAGAGUCGUGAGAUCUUGUUGAGCUUCUCGCGCGAGGUUCUCAGCGGCAUCGGCGACGUCACGAAGAUGCUGCGUAGUCACAAUUACGUGCUCACCUAUCGACAGACUUACAUCGAAGAAUACGACUACGCCGUGACGAAUAUACGAUACGACCUGCGUGACGGCGUGCGACUGUGUCGCGCCAUGGAGCUCAUUACCGGCCGACGAGGAUUGACGGAACGCUGUCGUGUGCCGGCGAUAUCGCGUCUACAGAAGAUCCACAAUGUGGACGUGGCAUUGAACGCUCUGCGCGACGCCGGUUACGUCCUCGAGGGCGACAUAGACGCGAAGAGCAUCGCCGACGGCCACUGCGAGAAGACGUUGUCACUUCUAUGGCAGAUCAUUCACAAGUAUCAGGCGCCGCGAUUCGACCGGUCGGCCCGUGUGAUCCAGAAAUGGUGGCGAGCGCAGCUCUGGUAUAUUUGCGUAAAGAAAUUUUUGCGUGCGCGCAGAAACCUCGCCGCGCUCGUGAUUCAACGUGCGUGGCGACGCAAACUGACGCCACCGUGGUGGCGCGAAGUCGAUUUUAAUUUGGAGGAACGCAAGAGAUUCUUACGCGCUAGAACGGCUGCGAUACAACUUCAGAGAUGGUGGCGAAACUGGAGGCGGACACGGGUGUUCAGGGAGAAACUGCAGGAAGCGAGGAAGAGACGCAGGGCGGUGACCGCAAUACAGAGAAGAUGGAGAGCGUCGUUGCUGAUGAAGGUAAAGCGAAAUGAGUUUCUGCGCUUGAAGAACGCCGCCUUAACAGUUCAGGCACACUGGAAAGCGACGCGAGCGAUGAAACUCCAACGUUCCGAGUAUCUCGCGUGCAAAAACGCUGCCACGAGAAUACAGUCAUGGUGGAGGUCCGAAAAGAUCGCGCGGGAACAGCGCGAACGCUUUCUUCGUAUCGGGAAAAGCGCGCGUGUCAUCCAGAGUUGGUGGAGAAGAUACCUAUUAAUGCGAGAAGCGCGUAACAACUUCCUGCGGGUGAAAUUUGCGGUGCGAACCAUAGAGAUAUGGUGGACAAGCGUGCUUGAGAGAAAGAAGUUCCUUCGGUAUCGCGAAAGCGUCGUUGUCAUUCAGAGAAGGUGGAGAACUCACCGAGCCCGCAGGCGAGAAACCGCCUCCGUGAAGAUACAAACGUGGUGGCGUGAAGUCAUUCUCACCAGACGUCAACGCGAAGAAUUCCUGCGACUGCGAAACGCAACGUUAGCGGUUCAAAAGAACUGGCGAGCGAGAACAGCCAGAAGACGCUAUCUGGAGCAGCGACGAGCAGCCUCGCUGAUACAGUCGUGGUAUCGUCGCGCCAAAUUGGCGCGAGCUGUUCGGCAACGCUACCUGGAGAUGAGAAAUGCCGCGAUAAAAAUCCAAAACUUCUGGCGCGGCGUCGUGCUGGCUCGCGCGGAUCGCCAGAGAUACCUGAGGCAGAAGAAAGCAUGCGUCACUCUGCAAUCUUGGUGGCGAAUGAUCAGACAAAAAAGCGAAUAUAACAAGGUCAGAACCAGCGUGUUGAUCGUGCAAAGAAGAUGGCGCGCUAUAAGAGCCGCUCGCGCAGCGAACAGAGAACUUAUGCGGACGCGAGCGGCCGUCGUUUUCCAAGCUCAUUGGAAGGGUUUACUUCAGAGAAGACGAUAUGUCGUUUUGCGCCAGGCCGCGAUAGUCGUUCAGUCGCGUUACAGAAUGAUAAUUGCAGUGCGUAGAUACAAGACCGUCAAACACGCCGCGUUGACCAUACAGAUUUACUGGCGAGCCUACGUCGCGCGUAAACGAGACCGAUCGCGUUAUCUGUUUCUGCGCCAAAUGGUGAUCAAGAUACAGCGUCGUUACAGACGGAAGAGAGCCGAAAAAGAGGAAAAACUGCGCCGACAGCAGCGCGAGGAAUCGCUGGCCAUGAAGAUUCGAGACGAGUGCAAAGAAGCACUCCAUGUGCUUCAAGAAGAUACCGCGAGUAUAGCGCGUCCAGAUAGCGCCUAUUGGCAACAAGUGAUCAGUGCAAUACAAACCUGCAGCGAUCUCGGGUUGCUGAACUUUUAUCUGAACAACUUGGAUACUAUAACGAAAUUGUCACCGACCGUUCGCAUCAUCCUUUGCGAGGUGAACGUGGCCGACGAUAUUUACAACAUGAUACUGCUGAACAAUAGAUCGCUGCCGUGGAUGAACGUCUGCCAGCAAGCAUGCAGCAUUUUAAUCACCUUAGCAAAGGACCCGGACACGAGAAAAUAUGUUGUUAAGGAAGAGCACGCGUUGACGUUAGUGAAGCUCUUGAACAUAUCGUUGAAGCACAAGGACGUGUUCUUGUAUUGCGCCACUCUGAUAUGGCUACUCAGCCAGGACGAAAAUUACGCCAAGACGCUAGCGACGUGUCCGCAAAUAAGUUGGCUGAUACAGAAUACUCAACAGAAGUUGCCCAAGUCAGUGACGACGAAGCUUCAGAAAUCGAAGUCUGUGGAAAAUAAGCUCGAUAAUACAACCAACUCCGCGCUGGUUUUUACCGACAUCAAUUGCGCCAUUGAAGCUAUUACUAAGAAUAUUUGUGACGCUAACUUAUAAGGUUGGUUAAUAUAUAACAAACAUAAAUAUGUGUCUGUUAUUUCUUCUUUUUUGUUUUACGUAUCUUCGGCCUCCUAAUUUCGAUAUUCACCGCCGGUGCUGCAAAUCUACAGUACGUGUAACGUUAACUAUAGACUUUCGGUGAAACG